AUGGUGUCCUCCUGUGAGCCGAAGCCGACGCUAGCGAAGUGGCUCGCAGCUGCGGAACGUAGGAGGGUGUGCCCGCGAGGCGAGUGUCCGGCAGGAGGGGGCCGAAGUGUCGCGGGAGCCGAUCAUAUGCCCCAGAUCUGUGCAGAUCCGAGCCAAUCUUUCCGAAGCUGGCCGUCUGCCAGCCGUCCUCAGGAGGAAGGCUUCCCCGGGAUGUGGUUCCCGAGCAAGGGCGCCGGGAGUGUGGUUAUUCCCCGCUGGCGUGUGCGGGUGCUCUCAACAGGCCGGGCAUGGCCCAGCGAGCCAGGUAGCGCCCCUGCACUCAUCCGAAACACCCCAACGAUCCCCAUUGAGUCUCAGCUGCAGCCUGACAUCAUCAUCCCAGCCAGAGUGACGCUCACACUCCCAGCCGCCCCCUGCCAACAAACCACCCCCAUAGCAACGACGAACGCAUACAUAUACACUGCAUGGCCCCCAGAGCCAACUGAACAGCCCACCAGCCCCAGCACACCCUCACCCAAAAACCCCGAACCACAGCCUGCAAGAAUGCGAGCCAUCCCGAGCCGGCCGAAGUCGCCCCUAUGGAUCGUCCUGACGCUGUCGGCGGUGUACCUGCUGAGCCGGUACAUCAGCCGGCGGCCCGCGCCGGGGCUGGCCGGCGAGCCCCAGCACUCGCGCCAGUCCCGCUACCACGCCAUCCACAAGGCCGUGUACGCCCAUCCCCAGAACCAGUCCCGCUUCAGCUUCCCCCACGCCCGCGAAACCGCCCGCAGACUCAUCCCCUUCGCCCCCGGAAUGCACGCCUGGCGCAAGGCCCACCAGGACGAGCUCGCCAGGCUCCUCGGGUGUCGCCAGUCGGCCGGCCGCCAUCGCUCCUGCUCGCCCAUGGACCAGCACAUCCUCCUCCUGGGCACCGUUCACUUCAGUCGGGUCCUCGACGGCAUCUUCGCCGAGAAAGCCUCCUUCCCCGCCGGAGAAGCCAUCUGGGCCGAUGCGUUCAUGUGGGCCCUCAACCAGCUCGAAUACCCCUACUUGGUCGUCAACGGCGCAGACCACAACGAGACCAACACCCGGCUCGGCGAGAUCCACAGCCUGCUGGGAGCCGACGUCAAGAUGGUCGUCGGAGACUAUCUCUCAAUCCCCCAGUGUCUCAAAAACAAGGCGUGUGUCCAGUCGACCCACCAUAAUCCCACCGGAAUCCCUCCCCACAAGCUGUUCGUCUUCGAUGGAUUCGGACAGGAUGUCGGACACCCGCUGGGCAGGAAGUGGCACCUGACAUUCUACCCUCAGCCGGAGAAGAACUUCACCUAUCUGGGGCUGACGAUCGAGCACUACUGCCACAAGUUCGGUGUGGUGCCGGCGCAGGAGCGGUCGAACAAGGUGUACAUCCUGGGCAAGGACCGGGGCUACCUGCACCCGCCCGCGCCGACGCUGUUCCCGGAGACGAUGUGGGCCGCGCUGACGAACGCGACCGGGGUCGAGUUCACGAUUGGCACCCAGCAGAAACACGCCCUCGCGGCCCGCGACCCCGCCACUCUCGCGCCCAAGGACCGGCUGCUCGACGGGAUCGCGGACAUCGGAACGCUCGACCGCGACAAGUUCAUCUACGAGCUCCAGCACCACAAGGCCGUCAUCGGGCUCGGAUGGCCCGUCCAGCCCUCGACGCCCCUCGAGGCCCUCUGCGUCGGCACCCCCUUCAUCAACCCCGUCUGGAACGGCCGCCGAAGCCAGCCCGACCGCUCCAAAUGGCACACCCAACACCCCUACCUAGCCCAGUUCGACCCCCCGUACGUCUACAACGUCCAGGACCAGCGCGAGGACGACGUCCGGCUGGCCAUCGAGCAGCUGCUCAAGACGCCCCUCGACGCGCCCUUCAUCCCCGAAGACAUGCGCAAGAACGUCUACCUCGACCGGGUCAAUCAGCUCGUCCUCACCGAUUGGGAAGCCGCCGCCUCGUCGUCCUCUCAAUAA